AGCCCUCUUGGCGCCGAGGGCGGCCGAGGCCCAGAAGCGGCCUCUCGCGGCAAGUGGAGCUGGCCGCGCCGCGGGGCCCCAUGGGGCAGGGGUUUGCCGCCUGUGCGGACGCCGGCGGAUGCCCUGGCGGCGACGAGGCUUCCCUGGCGGCGCGGGCGGCCCUCGCGCCCGGGGCGGCGGCCGAGGCGCCGCGGGACCCAGAGGAGCCCCUCGAGGCUGGGGAGGCGGGCGCUCGCGCAGGAGCAGCGCAGCAGGCGGGGCGUGCCGACCAGGCCGCGGAGAGCGCGACGUCCCAGCUCUCCGGGGAGACGUCGCGCCAGUCGCGGCUGAGUUGGGACACGCCGCGGUCGCAGGUGGUCCGGCAGACCUCGGCCAAGACCCCGAGCUCGCCCGCCUCGUCGGAGGCGGCCCCUACGCAGAACUCCAGCGCGUCGUUCGCGAACUGGAUGGACUUGCUGAAGGCGCAGAGGAGGAGGCGCCUUCAGACCGAGCCGGAGGUGCAGAAGUUCCUCCAGGCGCACGGCUACUCUGACGUCGACCAGCUGCGGCAGGCCUCUCGCUGGGGCGCAGCGCCUGCGUGCCGCCCGCUCCACCUGGCCGUCGCCCACGGUGACGCGGCGAUGGUCGGGCUUCUGCUGCUGCACGGCGCCGACCCCACGCUGCCCGACGGCCUCGCCCGCCUGCCCGGCGGCAUGUGCGGGGCGAGCAGGCGCGCCCAGUGCGGCUGGGAGGAGUGGGAGGCCGCGAGGCGCGCGGCCCAGGCCGCCGCGGCCCAUGUGCUCAGGCACCGCGCGGGGGCCCGGCGCCCGCGGCCGCAGGCGGUGCCCGGGGCGAGGCAGCCGCUGGCCCGCGGCCCAGGAUGGGUGGCCCCUUCCGACUGGGACCACCUCUUUGCGCGGCAGCGGCGGGACCCGCUGUUGCGGGCGGCCGUGGCUGGCGCGUGAGCCGCCGCGGGGGAAGCGGCGGAUCCCCCCCCAUCGUUGCCCCUGAAGAAUGGCAUAGGCGUGCACAUUCGGUGCCCGCGCGGACUUCUCGGAUCGGUGCUUGUCCCCCCUGGCAGCGCCUCUGGCGCGGCCCCCCGGUUGGGGUUGGGUGGGCAGCGCCGAUGCAAGAAGCCGUCGCGGGCCUCCCAGAGUUUGUGUUUGUACCCCUUUCUGUUCCUCUAGAGAGGGGAAGGGCGAGGCGGAAAACCAACCCUGUUUUCAGGUG